AUGGGGCCUGAUGACAAUUGGCUCCAACUCAUGCUGAACAUCACGCCCGCUCAAUGUGGACCGGCGAGACUGCGGCACCGCGCAGAUAAUGCGUUUAUGGUGACUAUGGGUGCAAGGAUCAUCCAGAUGCAGUCCGGGUUCGCAAUGUUGGAAUCCGCGUAUGUUCAGCCGAAUGGGUCUGCCAACAUCAUGAUGAAGAACAUGAUGGACCUCUUUGUAGGGGCAGUCGCCUACCUUUUGUGGGGUUACGAGAUAGCCCACGGGGCCACGCACGCCACGUCCUUCAUGGAUCCAGGUUUGGACUUUUCUCACUGGUUUUGCAGUUUCUCAUAUGCGACCACGUCGGCGACAAUCGACAGUGGAGCGCUGGCAGGGAGGAUUUCCUUCUGGGCCUAUGUUACCCUGUCCACCGUCAUGACAGGCUUCACAUAUCCACUGGCAGCUCGAUGGUGCUGGGGUGACGGGUGGCUGCAACAGAUGGGCUUUGUCGACUUCGCAGGAUCUGCAGUUGUCCACAUGACCGGAGCUGUCAGUGCCCUCGUGGCGGCCUGUUUCUGCGGUCCUCGUAUCGGCCGUUUUCCAGAUUACCGCUGCUGGCGGGGCCUUGGCCGACACUUCUUCAUGGAGAGGUACGACUCCGAGUACUACCAGGUUCCAAAGGAGCCAACAGAGAAAAACCUCUUCCGGCCGUUUGUGAAAUGCCGCCAUCCUGUUCAACUGCUUUUUGGUACCUGGCUGCUUUUGGUCGGGUUUCUGGCCUUCAAUCCAGCCUCCACCUUGGCAGUGACGCAGGACUCGGACUUGGUGAUUGGACGUUCCUCCGUGUGCACGUUGCUUGCGGCUUCUGGCGGCGGUCUUGGCGGCAUGCUCUGGUCCAUGGCCACAACGAGAAGUAGCGUGGUACUGGUUCCAGAGGUCAGCAAUGCUGUCAUAGCUGCGCUGGUGGCCAGCUGCGCUUGCUGCAACAUCGUCUCGCCGGUGAUUUCGAUGUUUGUCGGAUUUGUCGGAGCAGUGCUUGCUCUGCUUUGCGAAGAACUUCUGAUUCGUUUGCAGAUUGAUGAUCCGGUUGGGGCGGUGUCGGUGCACGGCCCUCCUGGGGUGUGGGGAGCCGUGGCCGUGGCAUUCUUUGCCGAGCCGAACUGCCAAAGCGACUUGCGGGGUUUGUUCUACGGCGCUGGAGAAGCUGGCUGGGAGCUGCUGGCCGUCCAGCUUUUUGGUGUACUUGCCAUGGCCGCGGCUUGGUGUGAUGUCAGGUCCUGUUUUGCGUUUGCUCUUUUUGUAAGUUCUCGAGCAUGUUCAAGCUGCAGCCUGGAAGCUGAGUAUGAGGCCAUGUCAGCCGCUAUCACCUACAUCAGCGUGCUUAUCCUCGACCGCUCCGUUGGCUUUCGUUGCAGCCGCGCUUGCGAGCUCAUCGGGCUGGACUUUUGGGAGCACCAAUUCGAUGACGGGAGCGUGGCCGGUGACAACCCAAUGAAGAGGAUGUCUAGUUUCCGCAAGACUUUCCACAGAGCAUCUUCCUGCUGCUAUUGUGGCGGCGCUCCAGAAGUGGAAGAAGACUCGCCCCCGCAGCCCACGAUCACAACAUCGAAGGCAGUUGGCAUUGCUUCGGAUCUGGAUCACAUGGAGAUGUCAAUGAAGAUACGAGCAUUGGAAGCCAAGAUCGAGCACUUGACCAUGGCUUUGCAGGGAGGAGGUACCUCGGAGGAUGUCUUCGGCGAGGAUAUCUCCCAGUCAUUCUCCCAGUCCUUCCGCGCGGCCUGCAUCAAUGCCUAUGUGGACAAGAUGACCGACGGGCCAUCGAAGUCCCACCGCGCUGCCCAGGCUGACCACGCCGACGAGGGCCAUCAAUGCGCUUUCCUGCUUUCCUCCAUCUGGGGCACGGUACCUCCGAUGUUGGGCUUGCCUGAUGAUCGAUGGGUGGAGCAGAUGAGCGCGCAGGCGCUUCCCACCUGCCAGCCCUUUCGUUUGCGGCACCGUGCGGAUGUCGCCUUCAUCGUCACCAUGGCAGCGCGUAUCAUCCAAAUGCAAUCCGGCUUCGCGAUGCUCGAGUCUGCGUAUGCUCAGCCGAACAACUCCGCCAAUAUCAUGAUGAAGAACAUGCUGGACCUCUUUAUCGGUGUUCUGGCCUUCUAUUUGUUUGGCUAUUGCAUUGCCUACGGAGACACACAUGACGUGGGCUUUGCUGAUACGGGUUACGACUUGGCGCAUUGGUUCUGCAGUUUCUCUUAUGCAACAACGGCAGCCACUAUCAACAGCGGUGCUCUUGCCGGACGCGUGGCCUUCUUCCCUUACUUGGUCUUAUCGACAGUGAUGACAGGCGUCGUGUACCCAAUCUCUGCGCGCCUCGUCUGGGGCGGCGGCUGGCUCCAGCAGAUGGGCUUCGUCGACUUUGCAGGCUCGGCCACCGUCCACUUGGUCGGGGCCGUGAGCGCCGUGGUCGCCACGUGCUUCGUCGGCCCACGCAUUGGGCGCUUCAAGGAGUACCGUGCUUGGCGAGCGCCCUGGAACGUGAUCUUCUUAGAGAAGAACGACGACAAGUACUACCGGGAGCCUGAGGCGCCCGUGGAGAAGAAAGUCUUUGUGCCUUUCCGGCGGUGCAGGCACCCAGUGCAGCUGCUCUUCGGCACCUUCCUCCUGCUCGUGGGAUUCCUGGCCUUCAACCCUGCUUCGACCUUUGCCACCACCGCCGACAAGGACCUCACCGUGGCCUACAGCUCUGUCACGACGCUCUUGGCUUCAGCGGGAGCGGGGGUGGGAGGCAUGCUCUUCUCCGUCGUCUCGGCGCGGGCAGCAGUGGUGCGAGUCCCCGAGCUGACCAAUGCUGUGGUCGGAGGCUUGGUAGCCAGCUGCGCAUGCUGCACGGUCAUCCCCAUUCCGAUAGCUCCGCUGGUGGGUUUCGUGGCUGCCCUGCUGACUUUGAGCGUCGAGGAAGUGCUCGCAAGAUUCCAGAUUGACGAUGCCGUCGGCGCUGUCGCGGCCCACGGCCCAAGUGGCGCGUGGGGAACGCUGGCUGUCGCUCUUUUCGCCGAUAAGCACUGCGGCGAUAAUCAUGACUAUUCCGGCAUCUUCUUUGGGGGCGGCGAUGCAGCGUGGCGCCUUCUGGGCGUCCAGGCGCUCGGCAUUUUGGUGCUCAUGGCCAUAUCCCUGAUAUCCACCUACUUCGUCGUGAUGUUGGUGGACCUCUUGUUCGGAUUCCGCGUCUCGCGGGCCUGCGAGCUGAUCGGCCUGGACUUCUGGGAGCACCAGUUCGACGAUGGCAGCUUGGAUGCCGGCAGUCACAAAGCCGCGCUCUAUGGGCUGUCGAAGAUGCGCGAAGAUCUUAGUCGCCGAUCUCGCUACCUGGAGGUUUCCCCGAGGAAGUGGUGGACCCUCCCUAAGGGUCUCUCCAGUUCUUCUUCUGCGCCCGCGAACCUCAGCGAGGCCUCCACUACGGAUGCCGAACAAAGCACAGCGGCUGAGCCGGAAAGAGAGGGUGGCCCAGACCGAAAAAUGGAGGAGCUGACAAGGAAAGUUCAGGCCUUGGAGCACCAGAUCUCUCUGCUCACCAUGGGGGCCUUAAGGAACGCCCAAUCAGCCGAGCCCGGGACCUUCGAGGACAUCUGCGGCCGGGGCGUGCGAAGCGAGAUCUGCAUUCCGCCGUCGCCCACGGAGCCCGGCGCCAGUGAGCCCAAAGCACAUAAAGUCGUUCCGUAA